ACGAGGGAAUGCAAAGUCGAUUGCCCUCGUCCUCGAUUGCUCGUCGCCGCACGAUGAUAUAUAACACCCCCGGCGGCGGAAUGGGCUCCUCACUUCCGCCGCUGUCCUCGACGCCGCCCUCAGCACCUCAACGACUCAGCACCCCUACGACUUAGCACUUCGACGACUAUCAUGUCUGCCGCUGCCUCUACCGCCUCCACCUCUUCGACCGCGAUCGUGCCUCCUCCGCGCACUUCGUCGCUCCCGGUCCCCGCCUCGGUGGUCACCCACGACGCGCACGCCGCCCUCGAGAUGAACCCGAUGGACUCGUUCUUCGGGUACGCUCUCAACGGCGCGGCGCCCACCCACACCAGCCGCCACGAUCGGCGCCUGUCCGCGGACGUCGAGGCUCCCCCCGCAUACGAGGAGGACCCCUCCCCGCCGGAGUAUACGAAGAAGUACGAGCCGACAACGCUCGCGAUGUUCCUCUUCAAGUUUGGCUUCUUAUUCCCCCUCUUCUGGAUCAUCGGAUCCUGCAUCCUCCUCACUCCCCUCUCCGCACCCGCGCCCUCGUCCGAUGAGGACGUCGAGGCUGCAUGGAUGCCUGAAAAGACGGAAGAGGAGCGUGCGCGCAUCGUCGCGCACAUUCGUAGCGUGGAGGUCAAGUGGGCGAAGAGAUGCCUCUUCGCUCUGAUCACCCUCCUCGUCCUCGCGGCGGUCGCUGGCGUUGCCAGCUGGGCCGUUCUCUCGCGCCAGCUAUGAGCUCGGCUGCACCCUGAAACACGCUUACGCGCCCUUCGCGGCGUCCAUCAGCAUGCCCAACCUUCAACUUCUCUCAACAACUCAACGACCGCAGCGUCUCGCGCGUCGAACACCACCGUCCUUGCCUCCCUCUUCGGCCUGUACUUCUAUGCGCCUCUGCGAGGCCCGCCCGGAACUUUUGUUGACUUCCCAUUGACGCCUUUUCACGCCCUGGACCUCCGCAUUCACGCUCCCCUCUCAACGACCACGCUUCUGUAUCACGAAACCACCCAUGCUACUGUAUCCUUAUUGACUAUCAUUAUGCCUUUCAUACUUCUUCAUCACGUCUACCUACGAUGUUGCAACAGAAUAAAACGAAAUUGUACGAUCUAAA